CCACAAUAAAAUAUGAACCAUGGUUUCCUGAACACACUACAAGAGACAUUUAUAUUUCACUCUUACAACAGAAAUCCCCACCUGCUACCGAGCUUCAACUUAAGUCUGCACUAUUACGUCGUGCCAUGACUGAUGUUGAGCGAGUAUUAAAAUUAAGGGAAGAUAGGUCUGCUCUCGUUUCUCUAGUACAAAAAGGUUUGGUUGGUGAAGAUCUCUGGAAUUCUUUUUUGAAAGCCGAACAAGAGCUCCAACAAGAUUUAAUGGAAGUUACUGCGGAGGCUGAUACUUUUAAAGAAGACUGGGGUCAAACAAUACUUCAAACCGCUAAUCAAAUGGUGGAACACGAAAGACAUAAGAAUAUUCGGGAUGAUAUUAAAGAAUUGAAGGAAAAGGAGGAAAAAGACUGA